AGACUUUGAACGCCAUUCGCCUCCAAAUGAGAAGCCCGCACGCUUGGGUAGAAAGUGAACAUCAUAUUUUUGGUAUUUCAUUGACUAGGUAGCUUUCUAAGCUGAUCCUCGACAAAUCUAUUCUUCUAUUGUAUUCCUAUGAGUCUUUUUAAAUGCAUGAGCUGGUUAAAUAAAGAAAAGAACAUUAUGACUACAGGCUAAACAUUUCAGGGUUUCACUUACCCAUCUUGGAUACAAACUAUUCCAGUCUUGCUUGUUGUCCCUUAUGCUCUUGAAUUGUCAAGUGUGCAACAGAGGAUUGUUCUAUCCAGUAUAUUUUUAAAAUAGUUUAAGUUGUCUUUUCUUAUGCAGGCGGCUCCCAAGAAGGCUAGAUUGGAGCCUAGCACAAUGUCUAUACGUGGUCCAAUCCCAAAUGGUCCAAUGCAUCCUCGUCCCUUAGUUGCAUUGCUUGAUGGGCGAGAUUGUUCUAUUGAAAUGCCCAUUUUGAAAGAUGUUGCAACAGUAGCAUUUUGUGAUGCACAGUCUACACAAGAAAUUCAUGAAAAGGUAUUAAAUGAAGCAGUAGGAGCUCUUAUGUGGCAUACUAUCACAUUAACUAAAGAGGAUCUGGACAAGUUUAAAAGUUUGAGGGUUAUCAUAAGGAUAGGUAGCGGUUAUGACAACGUUGAUGUGAAAGCUGCUGGAGAGAUGGGAAUUGCUGUGUGUAAUGUUCCUGGCUAUGGUGUGGAAGAAGUUGCUGAUUCAACGUUGUGCCUCAUUCUGAAUUUAUAUCGUCGCACAUACUGGUUGGCAAAUAUGGUAAGAGAAGGGAAGAAAAUCAAUGGUCCAGAACAACUCAGAGAUGCUGCUCAAGGCUCAGCAAGAAUUCGUGGAGAUACUCUUGGCAUUGUUGGAUUAGGUCGAGUGGGAACAGCGGUGGCCAUUAGAGCAAAAGUAUUUGGUUUCAAUGUAAUUUUUUAUGAUCCAUACCUGGCUGAUGGCAUUGAAAAAUCUUUAGGUAUUACAAGAGUAUACACCUUGCAAGAGCUUUUGUUUCAAAGUGAUUGUGUUUCGCUUCAUUGUAACCUGAACGAGCAUAAUCAUCAUUUAAUAAACGAUUAUACAAUCAAACAGAUGAGGCCAGGUACAAAUUAUGAUGCUAUACAUUUAAACAUUUUUUUUUACUUGUUUAGUACAAUAUUAACUCAAAACCUCACAUUUACAGGUGCUUUUCUUAUCAAUACUGCUAGAGGAGGGUUGGUGGAUGAACAUGCUUUAGCAGCAGCUUUGAAAGAUGGGCGAAUUAGAGCAGCAGCCCUUGACGUUCAAGAAAAUGAACCUCUUGUAUUUGCUAACAGUCCCUUAAAAGAUUGUCCUAACUUGAUUUGCACUCCGCAUUCAGCAUUCUAUAGUGAGCAAAGUGUAACAGAACUUAGAGAAAUGGCGGCCGGAGAAGUUCGGCGAGCAAUCUUGGGGCGCAUUCCUGAUAGCUUAAGAAAUUGUGUGAAUAAAGAGUAUUUCACUCCCACCACUAGUUCUGUGCGUUAUCCGUUCCCCCCUGCAGGCCCAUUUGACAGUAUAAACGGUGCAGCUAGUUAUCCAGGAUACUCUUCGGUUGCAGCAGUUGCAAUACACUCAACAACGGACCAUCCAGCUGUUUCUCAUGGUGGCGCGAUUUUGACUACUGCCCAUACUGCUCCAGAUUCAGGAAACCUUGUGCCCAAACCAGAGAACCCAAGUCCUGUUCACUAGGGCAGGACCUACAAAAGGGUGGAAGGCAGCAAGUACUCGUGAACAUCAAUGGGCAGAGUUAAAAUCUUCGAACCUUGUCAGCUUUAGAAAGUUAGAACAGUAUCAUUUUUUUUUAAGUGUGGAUGUGUAACUUGCUUUUAGAUUGCAACUUUUUUUCUUCAAGAAUUUUAAUUGGCUAUUCAAAUAAAGAUAGGUGCUGAUUUUCAGUAUCACUCAUGUUAAAAAAUCUUAUGCUGCCAUGAUUUUUAGAUCUGAAUUCAUCAGCAGUAGUUUAUUCACUUAAUAACUUUUUCUCUAUCAAACUAAUUAGGUUAAACUGUUCAUGUCUUUUGUUAUCACAAGAUAUAAAUAAGCUGUUAACUUUUGUCUUUUUUUGGGUUAGCAGGUCUUGCAGUUUUUUUUGUUUUUUUUUAAUUUUUACCAAAAAAUCAAUUACAUAGUUUGUAAUACAUAAAUCAUGUUUUACUGAUCAUAAUGGUCCCAUUUUUUCCCCCUUAAAAUGAGGAUCAAAUGUGUUGCAGCUUAGGUUGUGUGUGCCUGAGCCAAGUGUAAACGGAAACAUAGUGGGAGUGUGAACUGAGUUGUUCAAAUGACAAGUAUUUAGUGUUCUUGUUGACUGUUGAAACAAUCUUUGACAAUAAAUAUAGCUAUCUAUAUAUGGCUCCACAUUUUUAUAUUACUGAAAUUGCCAUUUUUCUAUGCCCUGCACUGAAAUCUAAAAAGGAACUGUUUCAUGAUUGCUAAUUGUAUGAUUGGACCACAAAGAUUUAGUUGUACUAUUCUUAGUCAUUAGUAAAAGAGGCUUUUUUGUUUCCAACAUCUUAGUUGUCUUAAGAUCCUCUGUUGAACACAUGUUGUAGUACUGUAAAUUAGAAUUGAUGAUUGAUAUUACUCUGCAAGUUAGAAAAGUUGUGCAAAUUAAGAAAUUGUGCACUAUUUGCUUUUUCAGUCUAGACUUACCUUGAAAUCUCCUUUAGCACACACCAGGUUUGUGGAACAUAGUGAUUGGGUUUCUAUUGGCUCAUUCAGUCCAGUUGUACAUACUGUAUAUAUUUCAGUGUAAUGUCACCAUUUGUGUGUGUGUGCUACCCAUACUAUCAAAAUUAUACAUACAGUAUCAAGAUUUUGUCACAUUAUAUCAUUGAAUUGCUUUUAGCUCAAAUAUGCAAGUUUAGAAAGUCAGAGGAAACAUGUUCAAAUUGAACAGUCGUACAAAUAAAAAACUAUUAUUGCUACAAAUUGUUACUGUUUUAUUGUAAAAGAUUUUUUUUUUAAGUUUUCAGUUAUCAAGAUAAAUAUUAGGAUGGUAAAAAUGCUCAAAUGUAUCAUGUUAAAGUAAGUUUAAUUUUUUUUUCUGUAAAAUAAAAUGUUCAAACCAUGCUCACAUUGAAAGGGGAAAACUAUCCUAUGCAUACCUGAUUGCAUGGUUCUUUAAAGGUGUAAUGUUAAACUAUGCAUCUUCAUGGGACUUUGAGUCAAAUUGUAUGCUGUCAUAAUUCAAGAGUAACCAUAGACCAAACCUUAUACUGGGAGGGUGCUGGUUCACUUAGUGUUGAUUUUAGUUAGUACUUAGCUAAUGUGGAAGAAACCCUACUAGUAUCUAAGUAAUUCUUUGCACACAUAUGCCCAACAGUUUGUUUCUUAACAUCUUAUUUUAUUGUACUUGUACUGACUUUUUUUUUUCUUGUGUUUUAUAGAUGUCCCAGAACUAAAACUUUUUGUUUCUCUUCAUACCAUUCAUAAUAGAGAAUUUUGUUGUAAUUGUUCUUAUUUUAUUGGCAUCAUGUAACAGAAGCAAAGGGGAAACAUAAUCAUUUUGAAUAUGUGCUUUUAAUGUGGGGAAUUGUCAGUUGUUCUGCUUUUAUCUUCCACAAGAAAAUUGUUAAUAAAAUUACAUGACUUUUUGUAAACAA